GAAAGAAGAUUAAUGCGAUGCCAAACGCGCGCGCACAGAGCAGAGUGGAGAGACUGGCAGUGCUUAAAGAUGAUGAAAUGCAUGAUAAUGGAAAUGAUAAUUUGAGCUGCUCACUCACGCGAUCAUUCACUAUUGUGUGAAGGGUUCUUUCUCUUUCUCUGUCUGCUCAAGACUUGAGCUUUGUUGCUUCUGUUAAGGUGAAACUUGCUGAAAGCUCUUGAUGUACAAAUUUGAAUUCUCAGGAUUUCUUGUUACUUUUAAAUCCAAAACAAGAUAACAAAAUGGCUGCUAGUGAAGGCUCCAUCAAUGUUCAUGAUCACGGUACGGCUCUUGAUAAAAAGUAUAGAGUUCAAUGCAAUUAUUGUGGUAAAGUUGUGAGCACUUUCUUCCGUCUCAAGUGCCACUUAGGAGGUGUACGUGGUGAUGUUGCCCCUUGUGAAAAUGUUCCUCAAAAUGUGAGGGAACUCUUUAAAAAUAGUUUACUUGAAAGAAAGACAGAAAGUUUUGGCAAGGGAGUUGGAGAGCUCUACAACCCAACUCUUCCCCAGAAGAGGAAUUGUUGCCCUAACUUGAACAGUGUCAAGCAUAAUAAGCAUGAAACUGCUCAAAAUGCUGGUCCUUGCGAUCUGAGGCAAGUUGAUAUGGACUCUACUGUGAAAGACGAUCUGUCAGGCAGUGGUUCUCUUCCUAAUGGAAGCAUAGGAUCUCAAACAGCCAUCAAUAGUGAAACAAGAAAAUAUUCAGUAUCAGGGCAAGCCCAAAAACUCAUUGCUAGAUUCUUCUAUGAAACAGGUGUAGAUUUCAGUGCUGUCAAUGCUCCUAGCUUUAAAAGAAUGGUAAAUGCCACACUUGGUCAUGGUCAGGUGGAGUAUAGCAUCCCUAGUUUUCAGGAACUAAAAGGGUGGUUGCUUGAAGAUGAGGUUAAGGAGAUGCAAGAGUAUGUGAAGAAGAUUAGGCAUUCAUGGGCAAGCACAGGGUGUAGCAUCUUGUUAGAUGGAUGGAUUGAUGAAAAGUGUCGACAUCUGGUUAACUUUUUGGUGGAUUGCCCACUGGGUGCUGUUUAUCUUAGGUCAGUUGAUGUUACAUCUUUCAUUGGUGAUGUUGAUAAGUUACAAUUGUUGUUGGAUAGAGUUAUUGAAGAUAUUGGAGUUGACAACAUAAUUCAAGUAGUGUCAUAUUCUACAAAGGGUUGGGUGGGAGAUGUGGGCAAGCAAUUCAUGGAUAGGUGCAAGAGAGUGGUCUGGACCGUGAGUGCAUCAUAUUGCAUUGAGCUCAUGCUAGAGAAGAUUGGGAUGAUCGAGUCCAUCAGAGGGGUAUUAACUGAAGCCAAGACCAUUACAAGGUUUAUUUAUGGCCAUGAAACUGUUUUAAAUCUUUUGAAGAAACAUACUCUUGGCCAUGACCUAAUUAAGGCCUCCAAAAUAAGAUCAGCAAUGCCCUUUAUGAAUUUAGAGAAUAUUGUGUCAGAAAAGCAGAAUUUAAAGAGCAUGUUUGCCUCAUCUGAGUGGAACACAUCAAUCUGGGCUUCUAGAACAGAGGGAAAGAUGGUAGGUCAUUUGGUGGGAGAUCACUCUUUCUGGACCCGCGCUGGUAUUGCUUUGAAGGCAACUAUGCCGUUGGUGCGUGUUCUAUCUUUAAUCAAUCAGGCUGAUAAACCACAAGUUGGGUACAUAUAUGAAACAAUGGAUCAAGUAAAAGAGACAAUUAAAGAGGAAUUAAAAAAUAAGAAAUCCCAGUACAUGCCAUUUUGGCAAGUGAUUGACGAGAUUUGGGACACCUAUCUCCAUAGCCCUAUCCAUGCUGCGGGGUAUUAUUUAAACCCAAGCCUUUUUUAUUCAAGUGAUUUCUAUAGUGAUGCCGAGGUUUCCUUUGGCCUUUUGAACUCAAUUAUUCGCUUGGUACCAGAUCAGGGAAGUCAAGAUUUGAUAUCCCGGCAACUUGAGGAGUAUAGACUUGCUAGAGGUGGGUUUAAAGAGGGUAGUGCCAUUGACCGAACAACCACCAUCCCUCCAGCUCUGUGGUGGUCUCGUUAUGGAAGACAAUAUCCUGAGCUGCAGAGAUUUGCCAUUCGAAUUCUAAGCCAGAGCUGUGAUGGUGCGUUGAGAUAUAGACUAAAGAGGAGUUUGGCUGAGAAGCUGCUCACAACUGGAACGAAUCCUAUUGAGCAACAACGAUUUAGUGAUCUGACAUUUGUGCAUUAUAAUUUGCAACUGCAGCAGUUUCAGUCAGGUGAGAAGUGUGACAUUGUGGCUGAAGAGAUUGAUCCAAUGAAUGAUUGGAUUGUUGACGAAGCACCGGAGACUGCGUCCCAAAAUAGUCAAUCUUCAUGGAUGAACUUAGACUUUGCUGAAACGGCCAUUAAUGGUGAAGGACCUUCCAGAUUUCAGGCAAAGAAGGAGCCCUUGUAGUGAAGACAAAAGAUAAGAGUUGGAAGAGUAAUACUUCAUAUUUAACUCUCAUCUCCCUCCCAUAUAACUAGGUUGAUGGGACAAUGACCAUAAGCAUUGGAUCAACCUUUAUUAAAAAAGGAAAAAAAUUAAGGGCUAAUAGGCACUGUCUCAUCAACCCAGUUGUAUGUAAGUGGGAUAAGAGUCGAGUAUUUAGUAUUACUCUAAUUAGAAACGGAUAGGAUAGCAAUAGAAUAUGCACAAGAUUAGAGUCAUGAGUUCCAAGAGAUGUUUUUGAAUAGGUGUUAGUAUAACUUACAUGACAUUUUUUGUUAUCCUUUAUGUAUAUUUUUGUUAGGUAGUGUUGCUUAUGUGCAUUAAAAUCUAUAAAGCCUUACAGCCUGCUAGAUUGAGUUUAA